AUGCGAGAACUUGCUUCACUUUCCUCUCAAUUAAACAUUUUACGUCCGACCAUAGCCGACGUAGUAACGGACGUACAACUUUUAAAGGCGGCUGAGAUAUUACGAGAAAAAUCUUUUGCAUCAGCAUAUUCUUUAGCAAGUGUGCUGAAUGUUAUAAAAUACGUGUUAGGUAAACCCUACUUUACUGAAAGCGUGUUCGGUAAUAAAAAAUCAUUAGCGUUUGACUUUAGAGGACAGGCUUGUGUUGUUGAAUUCGCGUCUGGUGAAAAAAAUAAACGUUCCUUUUCAAGCCCUUCUUUAGAGACUAGAAAUCCUUCCUCCCCUUCCCAACUUCUACAGCCUACAAUUGCCGACAUCCUUACCGACUCUCAAACUCUUCGACUUAUAGAAGUGUUAAAGCAAAAAAGUAAAGAAUCACCAUUGAAAUUAGCUAGUUUAUUAUGUAUAAUAAAAGCUGUGCUUGACGACGUGGGUUUAAAAGGUCUUUUAUUCUCUAAUAAGAUCACAUUUACACACCUUGUUUCUAAUAAUAGCAACAACACUCGAGAUUAUAUAGUUGAAUUUGAAGAUCAACUGAGAUAUGAUAAUUUUUUCCCCCCAACUCAACAUAACGAAGAUAUGAUGGAUGAGUUAGAAAAAGAUGAGAUUGUCGAAGAGCCACCACCAGAACCUGAGGUCUGGAGACAUGUACCGACUGUCACCAAAAGAAAACGCAACAGUGACAGUCCUUCCGAUGAGGAUCAUUGUGCACCACAAAAUACAUCAUCGAAAAGACGUUCGACUGAUAAACACAAAGCUCCUCCAUUGAGUUGUGAAGCUGUUAAACGUCUUUUCACCGGAAUUUCAAAAACCACACUUCUUCAAAGACUUGAAGAGUCAAAAUUGUUAAUAUCGUCCAUUAAAGAAAGUUAUUCUGGUAUUCGCCCACCAAAUACCUCAUUGAAUUUAUCAUCGUCUUCUCGGUUGAAUCUUUUAUGUCACCUUCUUCAAUCACCGCCUACAUCUCGUAUCGAUGGCAUUUCUUCAAAAGUUUUUUCUAAUUUAGAAUUGUAUAAAUUAUUUACUACAUACAAUGCUUACAAAGAAGAAGUUGCCCAAAAUAUUCAUUCAGAUCAAAUGAAUUCUCCUAGCAAAAGAAAUCAUUCGACCUCACCAACUUCAACGGAACCAUCUCCAAUUACUUUCCCAACUUAUUCAUCCUUUAUAGAUCCUACCGUUACACUUCACAUUAAAGAACAAACAGGCGGUAAGGAAGUUGGAAAACAUAGAUUGAACUGUGCAUGGCGCCUAAGUAUAUUAUGUGAAUUGUUAGGUAAAGGUGUAUUAUUAAUGACCAAAGAACUGAGCGGGGCCAAAUUGGAAAGAAUUCUAGUUGAAGAAUUCUCGAAACUGGUUGAUUUCUUGAAAAAUCCAGAUAAUCAAGAUUGGGUCUCUAGCGUAAGAGAGAAGAUGGAAUUAUCUGGAUUUGAAGAAGUUUAUGAGCCUUUGGAUGAAGCUGACAUUGGGGGCGGCAUUGUAGCCAGAAGUCUUAUUGGGAAUGAUCUUAUGAAGCAGGGUGUUGAAAUCAGUAAUGGAAGCCAUCAUCAUAAUGGAAGUGGGCAUGUCGAAAUUCCACAAGUAAUUUUUGCACUUGAUCAAAAUAUAUCACAUCAAAUUUCAUCACAGCAACAAGAUAAAAGGAUCACAACAAAUACAGAAGAUACUGUGAUGAAUCACCUUCAUAAUAAUCCUUUUGGGCAAAGAUAUUCGGAAAGCGUUAGCGUUACUGGUGAUCCUUCUUCAAAAGACGAUUCAAUUGCGGUACCUAUUCAAUCACCGUCGCAAAACUCACGUCCUAUGGCAUAUCUUAAACGUAAUGAACUUCAAAAGUUUUGA